CCCGCAUCCAGCACAACGACCACCCAGAUCCAGCACCGCAGCAGCACACCUGCACAACUGCUUGGUCCGCCUGUCUCCAGAGCAGCAGCAAUGACGUCGACUCUGAACUUUUACUACGACCUGGCGUCGCUGGACUCGUCCACCCGCACCAAGGCUGCGAGCGACCUCGUCGUCGCCCUGCACAAGUUCCAGCACGAUCACGAACAGCUCCACAAGGCCAGCUGGAGUACCCUGCUGGACAGCAGCGAUUCCUGGGAGGGCAUCGAGGCGCUGUGUGCUCAGGACGUCUCCUAUGCUGUGAAGCGACUGAUUCGAGGCUUGGCGUCCGGCCGCGAGGCAGCCCGGCAAGGCUUUUCUCUGGCCCUCACCGAGGUCAUCUCGAUGCUGCCCUUCCUCAAGCCUACGAUCGUGCUCGACUUGCUUAAUAAAGCAACCGAGGUCACUGGCUCAAUGAAGAGCCUGGAGGAGCGCGAUGCUUACUUUGGCCGAGUGUUCGGUGCAUCGGCUAUCAGCGAAUCGGGCAUGUUGAAGCGACCGGGGGUCACCGAAGACGUCAUAAAGCAGCUUGUCGAUCUGCUGAAAGCCUGUGCAAAGGCCAAGAUCUACCUGCGAGAGGCAAGCUUCAAGGUUCUGAUCUCUCUCCUCUCGAAUACUGAGAAGGAGGUUGCUGUCAAGAUCGUUGAGCAGGUGCUUAGCGAGGACGUGUCCUCCUGUGAAGAGCUGUGGUUCGCCCUGGCGGCCCAAACUCGAUUCCCUGAUCUACCUUGGAAGAGCAUCCUCUCAGGCUGGAAGAACCCACAGAUUCUCCACUCUGGCAAUAAGCCGCAGCUGACCGAAUUGCUGAAGGAUACAACCCAUACUAGCCCUCGCAUGCACUCCAUCUGGCCGCUUGUCGUUGCGUCCUUGCUCGCGCCAGAUGCAAAGAGCAUCAUAACGCUUCGGCAAUUUUGGGCCGAGAUUGCUGAUGAGCACCUCUUCAACACCUCGCACGAGCGCAAGCAUUUGGGAUUCCAGCUCUUCCUCGAUCUGGCGCCGCGCCUCAAGCCAGAGCAGCUGCCAUUCCUGUUCACGCCCAACUUUAUGCGUACUCUCAUGAACAGCCUGUCAUCAAAGGACACGAUUCUGCACAAGAUUGCCCGCAAAACCGCAGCGUCCAUCGUCGAUGUCGCCAAAGCCAACCCAGGAUCGUCAUUCCCGCUUGUCUCGCAGCUGACGGGCAAGUCUGGCUCGAUUCACUUUGACAGCAUCACCAAGACUCGCACCGUCGAGAACCUUCUGGCGCAUAUGAGCCAGGAUGGAGUUGAUUCGUAUCUGGAAUAUCUGUUCAAGCUGUUCCUCGAUCAAUCAUCGUCCAAAACCGAAACUGGCGGCUGGGACACGAAGCUCAUCAACUCCAACCGAUUGUGGGCACUCCAGCAAAUCUUGAUCAUGGCCCGCAAUACCAAAAUCGCCAAGUCGGACGAAUGGAUCCGCCGGGUCGUCGAGUUCCUGCUGAGCUUUGGUUUCCUCAAAUCCGAGCCCGAUAGCAUGACGGCCACUCCUCCGCUCUCUGAUGUCGUGCGUGACAAUUGUGUCGUUCGAUUCUUUGGUGUUCUGCUUGAGCUCAACAAGUCGAUCUUCAACAGCUCGAAAAAAGCCGCUCCAGAGCGGCCCAAUUCGGAAAUCUCGUGGGCAUACGAAUCGGCAGCCUUUAUCAAGAAACACCCGAACGAGUCCCUGCGCCAUGACUUUAGCGAGGUCGAGGAGCUUUGCUCCGGCACCUGGUCGACCGUCGACAAGAUUCACUCCGAGCUGAUUCGCCUCGCCAAGACUGGAAACAAGCAGCAGCUCGAUGAAUUGAAGGCGCUUGAGCUUCUGUUCGUCCACGUUCUCCUCCAAGCAUACUCAAACUCGCAAGAGUCGUGGGAAACUCUGGGUGAACUGAGCAGCUGCUAUGAGCGCCUGUACCCCUCCGAGGCUAAAUCGGGUGGCAAGCGCAAGAGCCAGACCCCGGAGGGCGAUGAAGAGGAGCUGCACCCUGUUGAUGUGCUGAUGGAUAUCCUGAUGAGCUUCCUGGCCAAGCCCUCGCUGCUGAUGCGCGAAGUGGCCGAGUUUGUCUUUAAGGCCUUCUGCAAUCGGCUUUCCAAGACCUCGAUCGAGCUCAUUUUCGAGAUUCUCGAGGCAAAGGGCGGCGUCCAGGGUGCGAACGAUCUCUUUGAGAAUGAGAUGCAAGUCGACGAAGAUGAGCAAGAUCAUGGCCAGCAUGACGACGAAGACGAAGACGACGACGACGACGACGACGAUGACGACGAUGAUGAUGACGAUGAUGAGGCUGCCACGGCAGAUAUGCUUGUUGACGAGGAGCUCCGUCGCAAGGUGAAGGACGCCCUCGGAGCGGCUGCCGUCGACGAAGAGGAGGACAAGGACGACAGCGACGACGAUGAUGAGGGUCUCGACGAUGAGCAGAUGGAAGCUUUCGAUGAUAAACUCGCCGAGAUUUUCAAGCAAAAGAAGGAUCUGAAGGUUGAGAAGCGAGACGCCAAGCAGCAAGUUCUUCACUUCAAGCUUCGUGUGGUCGACUUUGUCGAUAUCUUUGCACGCACCCACCCAGAGAACGCCCUGCUUUUUGAGCUGAUUAUCCCGACCUUGCGUGUGCUGCAGUCGACUGCCACCGCUGCGGACUCGCGGGAACUCCACGAGAAGCUGCUCGGCCUUGUCAAGAACCGCCUAUGCAAGCCCAAGGCCCUCCCCACGCUUCCCACCGCCGAGUUGGAUCAGGUGGUCGAUAUCCUCGACCAAACCCACCAGUUUGCUGUCAAAUCAGCCACAGUCAAUGUCCUUGGUGCCUGCAGCGCCGCUUCGCUGCUGAUCGUGCGUGUUCUCAUGCACAACGACGGCCGCUCUGUCCAGCCAGCCAAGCCCGCCAAAAGCCCAAAGAAUAAGAAGCGAAAGAGCGACAGCGAAGAGCCGGUGACCCCGACCUCGUCUCUUCGUUCCCGCAUCGUUGAUGUCUAUCUGCGUUCGCUCGUGGACUUCACCACCAAGAAGAAGACUCGACUGCAACCGGUGCUGUUCAUUGACUUGAUGAAGAGCUUCCCCAAGGUUGCCUUUGAGCUGCUGCCGGCCAUGAUCGAGCACACCAACCCAGAGGCCGCCAGCAAGUCCUAUUCCCUGGCUCAGUGCAUCCAUUUGAUUGGCGCGCUCUUCGCAAGAAUGAGCAAGGAGGAUCAAACCGAGAAGGCCUCCCAAAUCAAGACCCAGAUCCCCAUCUUGGCUUCCAACUUUGUUGCUAUUGUGAACCAUGCCCUCAAAGUCACAGAAGGUAGUGGCCACAAGACCAUAAACAACCAGCGUAUGAAGGAUAUCAUCAGAGACAUCACUGCCGUGGUCAAGAAGACGCAGAAGACCUUGGGCGACGAACAGAAAUCGGUUUGGAAGGCCGCUGAAAUCGCUGUGGCUCUCAAGCUGCUGCUGAAAGACACCAGGUUCAAGCUGCCCUCGAUCCAGAGCAACAGCAAACAGCUUCUUACUGCCCUUGGCAUCUAGAAUCUAUCUUUCUCGGGAACUGAUGAAGCAUCUCACAGCACCUCUAGACCAUACCGCAUUCGCCAUCCCCCCCCAUACUGAGCAUACUGCUUGUGGGGCGCUGAGCAGCUGUCUUCGUUUGUUCCAGGGCCUCGUCUGCACAGCUUGUUCAGAACGAAACGAGACAGCACAGUCUUGGGAUACAAUAUAUAUUCGGCCAGUUGGAUAGCUC